UUCUCGAAUUCAAGCAGGAAUCUAAACAAUCUUUCAUAAUUUAACCAUCAGAAAUGCGGCUCAUGCUGCUUUGUUAUUUUAUAUUCGUAUCCUUAGUCAAUGUUUAUGGGUUUAAGAUGACAAUGGACACGGAAAUGUACUUGGAGGCUCACAAAAUUUACUGCGGUCAACUAGUGUGUGUACAGGAUACUGAAAGUCACGUCACGUCUAUUGCCAACAUGUCUAUUUAUAGCAUCCGUGAGCGAAGUGGAAAGGUCAUCAUCGCUCAUCUUUCAGAGCAAGGUUUACAAAAGGACAAGGACAGUCCGUACAAGGCAGCUGGACAGAUGACCCAAACCACAGCUAAACUUACUGUGUCGGUGGAGGGGACGUCUGGGUGUGGUCUCGGCGCCUUCCUCUGCCAGUUGUAUUUUGUUGACCCCCACGGGCGUGCAGACGUGAGAGAAGUUUUUGUUUUCCCGCCACCGACAGCAGACGAGUCUAGUCCGGACCUGAAGUUUUCCUUACAGCUGGAAGUCCCGUGGUCAAACAAGCCCCUUGCUUUCAGAAAUAAAGGGAAAAGUUUGGAGACAAGUUGCGAUAAAAUGUCCAAGGAUUCUUCGGAGAUUAUGUCAGAGGUUACACGUUUCAACGAAUCAGAACAGGGACAACUAAUAUCCAGAAACGCUGAAAUUACAUUAGAUACUUUACAAAUUUUGGAAUCUAAUUUAACGCAGGAGAUAGAAAUAAAAUUUCAACAACUCAAUCUAAAUCUAACAAACACUUUUUCUCAGUUAGGCAAAGAAAUCGGAAACCUGCGUAAAGAUCUAGGUACCACCAAACACCAUGAGAUUCAACUAGAAGCACUUAAAAAUAUCGAAGGAAAUUUAACGAAACAAAUUGAAAAUAAAUUUAGAACGAUUGAAGAAAUAUUUGAAACCAAAUUUAAAACCAUGCACGAUAAGUUCGAUGAGAUCAUUAAAAAUUUAACGGACAAAUCUCCCCAGUUUGGCGCAAAGAUUGGCGAAGAACGUACAGACAACUUGACAUCAUCAAAAGACAACAAACAAGACCUAUGUGACGCAAUGGAGGAAACAAACCUUACCAAUGCGUUGUGUUUUCGUAUCCAGAGCCUUGCAGACAAGUGUAGUAAAAAAAAUAAUGUCGAGGCGAUUAACAACACUAUUACUGUAGAGAUGAAGUGCGAAAAAGGACAUAUGUCAUCUAGUUUGCCACAACGAAUUGUGUUGACUCACUCUAAAGAUCAGAAAAUAUUAUGUGAUACGUACACUGACGGCGGAGGAUGGAUCGUUAUGGUGCGACGUAUUAUAGGUGAUGUCAACUUCACCAGAAACUGGGAGGAAUAUAAGUGGGGAUUUGGUUCUUUUGAUGGCGACUUUUGGCUGGGAAAUGAGUUGGUUGCAAACAUAACCUCAGAGGGUAACUUUGAGUUGAGAGCUGAUAUGCGCUACAAAGAGAAAUCUUACUACGCCGUCUACGAUAGUUUUAAAGUAGAGAGUGAAGCGGAUGGAUACAGAUUGAGGAUAGGGAACUACAGGGGCGAUGCUGGGGACUCGCUGACAUACCACAAAGACAAAGUGUUUUCUACUUUUGACGGGGAUCCAAGCCAAAGUGCUUGUGCCAUCGGUUAUAAAGGCGGUUGGUGGUACUAUGGUUGCCACCUUUCCCACCCCACAGGUGUGUGGAAAGCUAAAGCUUACAGUGGACUGACCUGGUAUCAUGUCACUGGGUGGGAAGAUUCUGUGGACGAAAUAGAAAUGAAGUUUAGAAGGAAAUAACAUAUAUGUCAUACCAAACUGUUAAUUAACGUUUAGAUAAAACGCCUGCAUUUUAUUUAUUUCAAAUAUGUUACUUAAAUGUUAUAUAAACCCU